UCCCUCCCACUUGCCAAUUUUGCGAACACUUUUCGCCCUUCAAAAGCGACCCCCCUCCUUUCUGCUCGUUCCUUCUACUUCUCCAGACCCAGACAACAAACUUCCCGUCUCGCCAAUACCUCACCUCCUCGACACCUCAGACAAACCGCCAAGAUGAUUAUCUACAAGGACAUCAUUACCGGAGACGAGAUCAUCUCGGACUCCUACGACCUCAAGGACAUCGAUGGCAUUGUCUUCGAGGCCGACUGCGCCAUGAUCACCGAGGGCGCCGUCAGCGUCGACACCGGCGCCAACGCCUCCGCCGAGGAGGCUGACGAGGGUACUGAGGACGCCGAGAUCAAGGUCAACAACAUUGUCCACUCUUUCCGCCUCCAGUCCACCCAGUUCGACAAGAAGAGCUUCCUCGGCUACCUCAAGGGCUACAUGAAGACUGUCAAGACUGCCCUUCAGGAGAAGAACGCCCCGGCCGAGAAGAUCACCGCCUUCGAGAAGGGUGCCCAGAAGUACGUCAAGGAGACCCUCCUUCCCAACUUCAAGGACUUCGAGUUCUACACUGGCGAGUCGAUGAACCCCGAUGGAAUGGUCGUCCUCCUCAACUACCGCGAGGAUGGUGUCACCCCCUACAUCAUCGUCUGGCAGCACGGCCUCGAGGGCAUGAAGGUUUAA